CGAAAGAAGAGCGACUUUUGGCGCCUGACUCAGCUUCCUCAAGCAAGCACGAGUCGACUGCUAUCUGUUUUGACUGUUGCCAAUCAUUCGGUCGUCUGACGCUCACUGGACGCUCAUCCUCCAGCGAACAGCACACCCUUCCUUACAGCAUGAAAGGUCCCUCCGAACCGUCCCUCACCGCCAAGAGCCCGGCAGACAGCGGCACUCAGACAGACAAGCCCUGGCACUGGCAGAUCAACGUGGGCGGCAUCACCAUGGAGUUCCCUCGUGAUUUGCUGCUCCAAGAUGGCCUCAAGGACAGAUGUUUGGCUGUGCUGCUGAACCGCUUCGAUGAGUCGCUGCUCAAGGACACCGACGGCAUCCCCUUCAUCGACGCUGACCCUCGCUACUUCAUCUGGUGGGCGGGAAGCAAUAAGGCAUGAUGUUCGGCGACGUGUGCGGCGGAUUGAUCUUUUGUGUGUCUGUGUGUGUGUCAAGAAUUUCGGUCUCCUCAAGGCGGGUUUCAUCAAGGGCAUCCAGCUGUUCUCUGACGACUCCCCCACUCACGCCUUCUACCACGACCGAUUCUUCGCCAAGACGACACUCAGCAUGACGCCACAGGACGACAAGCGCAGUGAGGCCUUCCAGAACUUCAUGGCGGUGAUGGGUGGCUUCAUCAAGUCAUCAGUCGGCGGGACGGGCGGCUAUGAGGUGCUGAGCGUACGUGUGAACGGCACUACCGUGGCCACCACUGAUGCCACUCUGGACGACCACAGCACAUUGAAGGACCGAUUCAACAAGUGGGUCAAUGAGCAUUGCAGAGAAGGAGGAAGGAGAUGACGUAGUAGUCACUGGAUUUGCCGCUCUGUGUUCGUGUGUGUGUAGGUAUGGGGGGCCCGUCGACGACGUGUCCAUUGAGCACUUCCACAAGUAACACCAAACACCGCGGCCACACAAUGAGGUCACGCAUUCAUCCUUGCCUCUGUCUGUCUGUCUGUUUGUCUGUCUGUCUGUCUGUUUGCAGAGUCGUGGAUUUCCUUCGUCGCCGUCGCCUGGCCGCCCCCGACGCCGUCACGCCCCUCCCCACCACCGACGACUGGCCGCAGCUGCUGAGUGCCUUUGAGAUGUACAACCUGAUGGACUGUGUGUACCUGGCCAUGAUCGGCAAAUCGCACAGCACCAUACGCUGCCUCUUCAGGUGAGCACACACAGCAGAGAGAACGAGAACACACAACAGAUAGGAUCUGUUUAUGUGUGUGGGUGUGUCAGCAUGGCUGGUCGCACGAGGCUCUGUUCAACCGAGUGGCGGGCGCGAAGGGCGGUCUGCUCUUCGUCGUCGAAGCUGAGUGUGAGAGUGAGGGCCACCGCCACAUCUUCGCGUGCCUCAUCGACGGCCCCCUCAUCGCGCCAGCCGACCCUACAGCAGCGGUGCACACCGGCCGCGCCAUCACCUUCUACUCCAUCAGUGGCGCGUUCAAGGACGAGAGCAUCGUCAACAUCACAGUGCCGCACGACUGGCAGCGUGUGGAGGUCGCCGGCACGGAUGGGGCGGUCAAGGGCACCAAGGGUGUGGGUGCCAAUGUGGUCAUCGGUGACGGCCGCUUGCGUUUGGGGUAUGGAGGGAUUGAUGGUCGUUCGGCCACCGACCUCCACAGCUGCGAGCAGCGGGUGAAGAGGGACGAGCUGCCCGCCGGCAAAACAUACCUGGACAGCUACGAAACCAACGGAUGGGCCACUCUGGCGGGCAGCCAUUGCUUCACCGCCCAGCGGCUGGAGGUGUAUGAGGUCAGUCAGACCUCAAAGGAGGGGGACUGAGUUGAUGUGUCCAUGAUGGACCGUUGUUGUCUGUGUGUCUGUCUGUCUGUCUGUGUGCAGGUGUUGACGACUCGUCCGGCCGACCCCAUUCUGUCUGAUGCGAAGCUGCAGGAGCUCAUCGACAUGACGGGCAAUACCAAUGCGACGGGGAAGCUGCUGUACAAGUGAGUGACCAGCCCACCGACAGAAGCAGUAGUGAUGUCACUGAUUCGCUCUCUCUCUCUCUCUCUCUGUGUGUGUGUGUGUGUGUGUGUCUCAGGGGUGCCCGCGACGGCUGGAAGUACCCCACCAUGGUGGCCAAGGUGGGCACCGCCACCAACCUGCUGCUGCUCAUCAAGGACACCGGCGACCACAUCAUCGCCGCCCACAUCAACGGACAGCUUAAGCAGCCCGCCGACCUCACUGCCGUGGAGACGACCAAGUGCCCCGUGGCCUUCUACUCGGUGUGUGGCGCCUUCAGCGAGGCCGACGGCAUCGUCGAGAUCGAAUUGUCGGAGGACCAGCAGUAUGUGGUGGUCGCCGGCACAUACGCCGGCACACAGGGGGCGGCCAAAAGCACCAAGGGUGUUGCCAAUUUGUGCAUCGGCGAGUGGCCCGGCUGCCUGGGGCUGGGGUGCUGCCUGUGGCUGGGGUAUGGACAGAAUGGUCGUCCAGCUGGCGACCUGCGUCGCUGCAAGCAGUUGAUGAGCACGUGUGUGGUGGAGAGUUACGAGCUGCCCGGCGGCAAGACCUACCUGGGCAACUACCCGAGCAUCACCAGCGGAGACGCCACCUUGGCUGCUGCUCAGUUCUUCACUUGUGUGGACAUGGAGGUCUACACACUGCAGCAGGUGGGGCAGACAGACAGCUGGAUGAGACGAGAGCAAGACCGGAGAGAAGUUGGGUACACAUACACGGCACUGUGGUUUCCUGUGGCCUCCUGAUUGCCUUUCAGCCUUCGAGUGUCACGUCGACCGGCAGCGGCUGAGUGAGUGAUGGGGGAGGAGCAGUGCGGUGGGGUUGGUCGUGGACGUGCGGCGGUGUGCCUCAUGGGAGUGAAUGGAGAGACAGAGGGCAGGGGAGGAGAGGGCACACCGGCUGUGUGUCUGUGUUGCCUCUGCUUGGAUCGAUUCGCUCUUUUAUCCAUCCUUCACGUUCAUGCAUAUGCGGUCAGUCUGUGCGUGAUUGAGUGGAUUUAAACGCGCCCGACGGCCACCUGCCUGUCCGCAAUUGACUCCCUUUAUCCAUCCCUAUGCUGCAUUGCAUGCUCGGCUGCAUGGACGUACGUACAGACUUUUGUGGACUGACAUGCAAUUCGAUCUGAAUGCUG